GUGAGAAUAAUAUUCUGUUGGCACACAUUGUCUGUAUCACUCCACCACAAUAUCAUACCCACAACGUAAAUUAAGACCAAAUAUGAGGAAUAAACACUUCUAUGUCUGCAGUCAUUGUCCUAAAAUGUCGAUUUCAAUGUUGACCGUAUCUUAUCAAUCUGUAUCACACCAUGCAUUCAAUAUGAUGCAUCUUAUUUAAUUAUUAAGACAACAUUUUGAUAGUAUAGUAGAAAAGGUAUGAAACCUCUUACAUUAUCUCUUGGUACGUAAGAUAAUAACAACAAGUUGACAGUCUCUUCAGACAAAAUGUCACCUGAUUUACUCUUUGAGGAUGUUCACAAUUAAUGAUCAAUCACUUUAUCGUUGGAUCACAUAGUCCUACUGAUCUAUACUAGAGACGAUUUCACAAAUAGAAUUGAAUUAAACGUGUUUGCUCAGUUUAUAAUCCCGUGAGAACAAAGUAGCAAUAGUACUAAUGUUAGUAAAACUAGGCUUCAAAUUAGUUCAUUAAUACCCGCUGUCACUAGUACUCUUCAGGUGACGUUGUUAUCAGAUAACUUUUGUUGACAUUCACCAAUUCAACUUACUGAUAAUAGUAGAGACAGUAAUUCCCACAGUUUAACCAUAGCAACAACCAACUGGUCUUCAGAAUGGACAACCAUUAGAAUGCAGGUUUUCACAUGAACAGGUUGGAUCUGAUUUCAAUGGGUCAAGGAACAAUAUUCUAUCAUCUACAUUCUGGAAAUUAUACAAAUCUCUUAGAACAUCCUCAAUUGAACAGUAUCUUUGUUAUUGGAAACGGAAAUGCAAUGUUCCGCUUGAAUCCAGAUAAUCUUCGAUUAUUAGCCAGUUUUGAAUUACCUUCAAAACCAGAAACCUCAUUCUGUAUGACAAAUACAAAAGCACCAUGCACUGAAACACCUGCAUUUAAUUUACUAUUAAAAACUCAGGAUAAACAAAAUAUUUGGUAUUGUUAUCUUUAUCAAACUGUCUAUAUGAGUCAUAAUGUUAUACCGAAUGUACAAUCUGCAAGAUGCGAAAUACCAUCCCCUACAAAUUUAGAACCUGAAUCUCGUUUAGUUCAAUGGGAGAAUUCUGUAUACUCUUCGCUUGAUUUAAAUCGUCCAGGUGUUAGCAUAAUGGCUAGUGAUAAUUUCUUGUACAGUUCUGGUUGGUUUCAUGGAGCUAUGAGAAUACAUCGUUCACGUUUACCAAAUUUUGAUGGACAAGCUAAUUGGAAUGAAUUUCUUGCCACUCCAUCAGAUGAAAUUUUUUUAAAAGAAUCAACUCAUUUCAUUUGUGCAUUUGAAACAAUCGAUUCAGUUUACUUCUUAAUACGUGAGCUGAAUUCACCAACAUGUGAGGCUAAAAUUCAUAAUCGUUACGUUCAUGCAUUCACUAAAUCGUCGUCAUCGUCAUCAUCGUCGUCAACUACAAAGUCGACAAUCACAGUCAAUGAGACACCAGUUACACGGUUAAUACGCAUAUGUAAAGGUGAUCCAGGCGGAUAUCCAUACGUGAAUGAAGGAGAAUUCGCCACUUUCAGUAAAGUGACAUUAGAAUGUAAAUUCAGUCAACAUCACCCAGUGAAUAACUAUAAAACAAUGAACAAUAAUAAUAAAGUCAACAGUAAAUUAGUAACAGAAUUUUCUUAUGGCUAUGCGAUAGCUGGUAAAUGGGAUCCAGUUGACAAUAAGUUAUAUGUAAGCUAUCAGACGGGAAUGAAAUAUCUUACUGGGGAUGCACUUUGUGUUUACUCUCUAAGUGAUAUAGAAGAUGCUUUCGAAAGUGAACUGGCGCCUAAUGAAAAUUUCGAGGCAGAUCAAGUAUUACCAAAUACUUUUAAAAAUAUUUGCAAACGUUUCAGUUCUGGUAUAAUGACAGAAUUAGACAUAAACAGAGGUCGACAAAUGCCUAGAACACAUAUGUCACGCGUAAAGCACGUCAACCCGAUCGGUGAUCGUCCAUUAAUAAUUCGUCCUGUACCAGGAUAUCCAUUUACACAGACUAGUCAGUUAGGAUGGUAUCAUAUAGAAAUCGAUCAUGGAGAAAGAAAUGCAAUACUUUAUCUGUCUGGUAGACAACGCAUUGAACGAUAUGGACUAUUCAAUUUAUCUACAGAAGAUAUCAUGGAAAUAUGUCCAUGGGACCAGCUGACCAUUCAAGAUUUUGGUAUAGAUGAUGAAAUCAUUACCGGUGUUUAUAUGAAGCAUAUAAAACCUGCUAAAGAAUUUUACAUAUUAACAAGUAAACACGUGAUUCAACUGCCUAAAUUCAUACAACUAUGUGAAUCAAUCAAAAAGUCAAGUGAAUGUAUCACUUCAAAUUUAGUUUCAUGUCGGUGGAAUAGUGAAACAAGCACAUGUGAAACAAAAACAAAAUCUUCGUCCUCCCCCUCCUCCUCCUCCUCAUCAUCAUCGUCCCUAGAUUAUGAUGUAAUAACCAGCAUAUCAACUGGUGUACACACUGUACAUCGAAAUACUCCUGAAGAAAAAUCAUUCCACUAUCAAGACAUUUUAUCGAAAUUUUCCACAUCAAAUCCAAAUUUUUGCUUAUUUGAUAAAAUUAAAUUGGAAAAGAAUAUUAAUGGAAAGAGAACUGCCUAUUGGUGGAAAAGUCUUCAAGGUCAUAUGGAGCAAUUACGAACUUCAACAAGCCAGGAGAAUGGAUUGUAUUCAGACACUCAUUUACCUAUUCUAUGCGUUAUGUCUACCAGAUCGAAUAUUAUGAAUCAGUACCAGAAUCUUAGUUGUCAUUGUCAACCGUGUUCUGAUUGUGGUGAUGAUCAGUUAUAUAGAAUGAAAAUUACUAACUGUCAAAUCCAUCCAUCAUGGUCACUUUGGUCCCCAUGGUCAUCAUGUUCAUCAGACUGUGGUUCUGGAUUACGUUCACGUGUACGAAGAUGUGAUAGUCCACAGCCUAUACAACAACAAAUAAAAAUCAAUAAUCAGGUGACUAGAAAACUCAUCACUUGUAAACACACUUACGAUAUUACAACAGAUUCAACUCUUCACGCACCAGAAGUUGAAGUACAAGCGGAACAUUGUCAACAACAGAAUCCAGCUUGUAAUGACAAAAUGGCAUCGUCUUCUAUAUCUGAAACUCGAGUAUAUAAAACUGGCGAAAUUCUCUUGAAAUGGAGUAAUUGGAAUGACUGUUCAACAAAGUGUGGUUAUGGAAUACAAACACGUCGUCUGCUCUGUACAACAAUUCAAGAUAAAUGGCAAGAAGGUAACACAUCGCACUGUACAGUGGUAAAUUCUGACAUGAUAGACAAUAGAAUAUGCCAAAAGUUUAUUUGUCAAAGUGAGAUUGUGCAUUCAGAGUGGACACCAUGGUUAAAAGCAUUGCCAACUAACCCACAUGUACUAAGGUAUCCAGCAUUUCCUGGCAGAUCAAAUCCACAAAUCUAUUAUGAACAGCGUUUUCGAUAUUAUUGCAGUGUUCCAGUUGAGGCAUCUGAAAACUUACAAAUUGUACGAACACAAAUUGUUGAAAGAAAGUGUCUGACUAUUGACCAGAAGUGUUCUAGUUUAUCAAACAUAAUCAGCAAUCAAAUUGGUGAAGAGAACAGAGUACUUUCAGAUUCAAUGGAAAUAUCGCCUGAUCCAAUCUGGUCAGUAUGGAGUAAAUGGUCUGAAUGUAGUCAAGACUGUAUCCCGGUAGAAAGCAUAACUUUAUCUGAUCAAUUGGAUAUACAACACAUAAAAUCCUCAAACACUUUUCUGUACACUUCCAAUGAAUAUCAAUUUCGAACACGUAAAUGUCUAUCGAGUAAGUGUUCACAAAACAAUCGUUUUGAGACCAGUAUUGAUAUACGUAAGUGCCCACCGAAACCAGCAUGUAAAAGCGGCUGGUCAUGUUGGUCUGAUUGGUCAAGUUGUUCCCCUGUUAAACUCAAUCAUAUUGAUGGAAGGCGAAAAUGUCACUGGCGUAAAGAUGGAGGUAGAUCGGUUCGUACAAGGACAUGCAUUUUAACACAAUAUGAUCAAAAUCCAGGUGCACAAAAGCUAGUUUGCGACGGUUACGCACAGAUGAAAAAAGAAUGUGCUUGGUUUGAUAAUGACCAAAGAGAAUGCUCUAUGAUGAAUUUAACCAGUAUAUAUAAAGAUAUUCCGAUUGAUGUGAAUACAAAUUACUACAAAACUUCAGUAUGGAGUAGUUGGUCUUCCUGGUCAUCAUGUGGUCAAGCAGAAAUAUCAAAAGAUAGUCAAGAUAAAUUUGAAUCAUCCAGGAAUUCUAUGGAUCCAACAAAUCCACACUUAUUAGCUACACGAACAAGAAAAUGUGAAUUGGUCAGUGUUAAUACUGAUGAACUAUAUACAGCGCAUACUCGUAGAACAGUUUGUUCUGGUUCAUCGAAUCAAAUGAAAACUUGUCCAAAUUUAGCUUUAAAUAUUGCAGAAGUGUUUGGUCAUUUGAAUCGAAGGAAGAAAAAUUACAGAUUCACACCACUUCACUUAAUUUUAAUUGGUCUAUUGAGUUUUGUUUUUGGAAUUCUGAUAGCUGGUAUUGGAAUAAUUAUUUAUUACUGGGGAUAUUAUAAACGACUUGUGUGUAAUAAUAUCAGUAAGAAUAAUAACACUGUUAACAGCAAAAGUAGUAAAUUACGAGGUGAUAUAAAUGCAGAAAAUGAUUUCACCAAUUUACACUCAGCUCACUUGAAUUUAUCGCCUCCACCUCAGCCAAUUCUCAGCCUACCAAUACCGGGUCUAGUUACUUCACCAGCAAAUGAUAAUCAAGUGAAUAUUGAGCAUAAAAGAAGCCACAGUGUUGUCUAUGAUUCAGUAGCAUCUCAAGAUGGUGUAACAUGUUUGAAUCACAGUCAAAAAAGAUUAUUAAAUUUAUAUCCAGAUGAAGCAUUUCAUAGUCUUCAUCAUUCUCAUAAUGAUCAGGUGAACAGGUACACCAGGUUAAAUUGUUUCUCUGAUUCAUAUCCUCUUGGUGAAACAGUAUUCAAUGAAGCGCUUAGAGAGAGAUCAACAGAAGCUUUACCGAAUAAUGAUGGAUUCUGGAGUUUUCCACGUAAAAGUAGACUUAUGCCUGAAUCAAAUCUACUUAAAAUGUAUGCAGAAAACAAUCCAAGUACACAUAUGCAGUAUGAUCAUAACAUGCAUAGUUUUCAACCGAAUUAUCCUCCACAUCAUCAAUUACCACAGUUUUAUAGCACAGAGAGAGAUUAUUUACUCCGCCCAAAACACGCUGGGAAUAAUAAUCGAGUUGAAUCGCCAAACAAUGUUCUAUCAGCAUCCUUUUCCGGUUAUAGGCCUGUAGGUAUUUUCAACCAAAGAAACAAUAAUGAACACUAUUCUCGAUCACCUUUAUUACUAUCACGAAACCAUCAACAACAGUAUCGGCAUACACCACGCAAUCUACAUACUAUAUCUGCAAUGUCAGAACCAUGGUAUGCAUCAACUACUAUUGGUCUACCAAGUAAUAUCAGUGGUAGUCAUCGAAUGCUUUUAGAUAAUAGUACAUCUCCUAUUGACAUGUCGAAUAUGGAUCGCAAUGAAGAUAUGGCUGCCAGUAGAAGUGCUGUAUCUGGUUAUGAAGACUAUGACAAUGGUGGAAGUAUUCAAUUUCCGCCUAAAAUGCCUAUUCUGUCUGAAAGACAUAAGCUAUAUGAUAUCAAUUCACAGGCUAAAUUAAUACCGUCGGUGUCUGCAUAUUCGCAUCCUUCACAUACCUCUAAUAUAUUUGAUGGUGAUAAUCGGUCGUCAGUUUGGAGUGGAGGUGAUUCAAUCCCUUUUGAAAGACCGUCUAAUCCACAUUUAAGGGAGCCGAAUACAUUUUUCGAACACCUACCGCCUCCAUCAGUGCUACCUCCUCCUCAUGCUACACCAGUGACUACUUUACCAUAAAUAACAGUCUCUUGUACAACACUGUGAUAAAUAAGUAUAGGUUUUGUAUACAUAAAUUUAUAUUAUGUCUAUGCUUAUUAUUCAUCCGAAAAAUUGUCUAGUUUAACCAAUAAAACUAUAGAAUGUUUUUUUUAAUUUUCCCCUCGAAACCCUCCUUUUCAUAUUUCCUAUACUUCUUGUUGUUAUAUCUGCAAUAGUGAAUAUAAAGCUUCAUGUUUCC